AUGGAGACCGACCUUUUGUCGUCCGAAAUUUUGGCAGAGACCUUCGGGCCAACUAUCACCCAUGCGCCCGCUGCCGUGGCUGCCACCGAUGAGAACCUUGUUCCGCGCAGGACAAUAUUGUGUGUUUACUGCGGCGCCUCGGACGGCAACAAGCCUGUUCACAUGAAAGCAGCCCGUGAGCUUGCGCGCCUCAUGGCUGCCAAUGACAUGCACCUAGUCUAUGGUGGUGGAACUGUCGGCCUUAUGGGAGAGGUCGCGAAGACUCUUGUAUCUCUAUCCGGUCCCGGUGCCGUGCACGGCAUUAUACCAGAGGCCCUGGUCAAGUACGAGCGGAACGACCCGAUUCACGAUGCCAGCCCUGGUCUGCGGGUCCCCGACGAGAGCGUCUACGGGCGCACUACCAUCGUCAAGGAUAUGCACACCCGUAAGCGUAUGAUGGCCCGCGAGGUCUUCAAUGGCGGGCCUGGCUCGGGGUUUAUUGCUCUCGCUGGCGGAUACGGUACCAUUGAGGAAAUACUCGAGACCACCACGUGGGUUCAGCUCGGCAUACACUCGCGUGGGGUAUGCCUUUUGAAUAUUGAUGGCUUUUACGAUGGCAUUCUUUCUUGGAUCGAACACGCCGCAGCGGAAGGUUUCGUCAAGGGCGACAACGCCAGCAUUGUUGCGACUGCCACAACUGCCGCUGAAGCCAUUGCCGCGCUCGCGAGCUAUCAAGUCCCCAGCACGACUUUCAAGCUCAAGUGGGACAUGGCUUGA